AUAGUAAAGGAAAUAUUGUACGGUGAGAAAAGAAAAAAGUUUGAAUGGUGGUUGCCACUGCCACUCCUAAAAAAUCGAAAUUAAAACUAAAAUCUGAAUGAAAAGUAAAAAAUAAUUUUAGAUCUGAACAAAAGACAGAUCAAUGUCGGAAUUAGGAAUAGAAGACCUAGAAUUGAUGAUGAUGAUGAUGAUGAUUUAACAUUAACAACAAUAUGAUGAAUUGAUGAUUUAUUGAUGAAGAAAGUUAUUUGUAGAUAUUAACAACAAUGGAUUUACCUACAAUUGAUGUUGACCUUGGACCUGAGAAGAUUGAUGAUGAGAAAGAUGGAGAACCUUUGUUCCAUUGUGAUCUUUGUGAUACAGAAGUAGUUCACAAGUUGGCUCAAAUGUUCCUUCCAGGAUUAGCCUCUGCUUGUGUUGAUAACACAUCAGGAGGUCUCUUCAAGACUCCUGGUUCAGUCACUGUUGAUUUGAGAAAGGAAAUGAUUGAUUAUCUUACCCAAAGAAGUGAAUCUUUUGUUGCUGAAUCUGUUAUCUUGGAUGGUGGACCUGAUGGUGAAGUUUCCGACCAUCCUUUUGAUAUCAUAUCUAAUUUUGUUGACGACUUUGCCAGUUCAAAGAGGAAUUUUUUCAGUCGGGUUUCGGCAUGGCUACUCAGUGAAAAGAGAGAAGACAAAAUUGAUGAUUUCAUUCAGGAGAUUGACAUGAAUGGUUUUUGGACACUUGAUAGAAGAGAAGCAAUUGCACAGACUUUGCUAAAGAAUGUUGACUUUCACAACUCAUUUCAUUGUACCAUGACUUUUCAUUCUUCACAAGACCUUGCCAAUCAUGUCGUUACUUGCAGCUUUCGACCUAUGAUCUGCCAAAAUCAAGGAUGCAAUACCAGAUUUUGUGCAGGUCAUUUGAACAAGCAUGAUUCAACUUGUCCUUUCAAGAUAAUUCAGUGCGAACAAAGGUGUUCAGAUAACAUUAUGAGACGGGAUAUGGACAGGCAUUGUAUAACUGUUUGUCCAAUGAAGCUUGUAAAUUGUCCUUUUUAUGCAGUCGGUUGUCGCUCCGCUGUUGCACAAUGUAUGAUUGAAAAACAUUGUUUGGACGACGUUCAAUCUCACUUGUGGCACUUGCUUAAAGGCAUAUACAAGGAAGCAUAUGGGGACAGUCUUCAACGACGAGUGGAGCAAAUUGUACAGGCAUCACCAGGCAGCCAUUUAUCAAAGGCGCGGGAUGUUAGAUCUUUGAAGUUCAUUGUGAAGGAUAUUGAAGCUAAACUAGGGCCUUUUGAAGUUGGUGUCACACAGAAAGGCAGUGCAGAGACUAUUACCAAGAAAGAUGAUAGUGAAAAAAAUGCCAAUAGUGGCAGUGAACAGAGCACACAAGCUUCAGAUAUGGUUAGUUCAUCAGAUAAAGCUGAAGUAAGUGACAUCUUAACUAUGCAUACUGCUGAGAAUACUGACAAGAGUGAAGAAAGUGAACAUAGUCGCACUGAAAUUGAGAGAAGUGAAGAGAGGAUACAGACUUCAAAUAUCUCAAAGCUACCCGAUGAAGCUGAAACUAGCCUUGUAAGUGAAGGCAGUACACAGAUUGACAAGGAGAACAACGAUGCUGGCACAAGUGAAUUAAAAUUCAAGGGCAACGAAGAGAAUACUCAGACAAGUAUGGAAACAUUGGCAGAAGAAAUCAGUGCCACGAAUGAGGACUGUGUAAAGAAUAGCAAAAAAAAUGAAUAUAGUGAAGAUGGUAACUUUGAAGAUAGAGAUAAUGUAGAGAGCAUACAUAAUUCAAAUACGAAAACUGCGGGUAAUGCAGAGAAUAAUGUCAAAAACAAAGAUACUGAAGAUGAUAACUUAAAUUAGAGCACACAAACUAAU